GUUGUGGAUCCAACAAUGUAAGAGAAAAGCAGAGAGGAAGAGAAGGUAAAGUUUAGUGGCAAGCGUAUUGAUUGCAAACUUUAAGGUUAAUUUAUUUAUUUUUUGCUGAUAUGUGUUUUGAGACAAAAGCAAGAACAAGAAAGAAGCACCAACACAACAGCGACCACAACACAACCCAAGUUGGUUGAACCUUACACGUCAGCAUACUGAAACGUUGCGUGUUGGUUGAGAGAUGGGAAAUUCCUUCGGGUGUUCGGCCUCCGGCGAGAGGCUGGUGUCGGCGGCGAGGGACGGCGACUUGGUGGAGGCGAAGAUGCUUUUGAACUGCAACCCCUGUCUCGCCAAGUAUUCAACAUUCGGUGGCCUCAAUUCCCCUCUUCAUUUUGCAGCAGCCAAAGGCCACAACGAGAUUGUGGCAUUGCUGCUGGAGAAUGGAGCUGAUGUGAAUUCCAGAAAUUAUUGUGGCCAGACCGCCUUGAUGCAAGCUUGUAGAUAUGGGCACUGGGAAGUUGUACAGACACUUCUACUCUUCAGAUGCAAUGUUUUGAGGGCUGAUUAUCUUAGUGGGAGGACAGCUCUUCACUUUGCAGCUGUGCAUGGGCAUGUAAGAUGUAUUAGACUUGUUGUGGCUGACUUUGUACCAAGUGCACCUUAUCAAGCUAUACAUGCUUGCACAAAUAUUGACAAGGAUGGUGGAUCAAAUGUGAAAGGAAAACAUGAGCAUAGUGCCCUGUCCAAGUUUGUAAAUAAGACUGCUGAUGGUGGUAUAACUGCCCUUCACAUGGCCGCGUUAAAUGGAUACUUUGAUUGUGUACAACUUCUGCUUGAUCUUAACGCCAAUGUGUCUGCUGUGACAUUUCAUUACGGAACAUCAAUGGAUUUAAUCGGGGCUGGAAGUUCUCCUUUGCAUUAUGCUGCUUGUGGAGGCAACUUAAAAUGCUGUCAGAUCCUUGUUGCACGAGGUGCAAGUCGGAUGGCUUUAAAUUGCAAUGGGUGGCUUCCUCUUGAUAUUGCUAGGAUGUGGGGCCGUCAUUGGCUUGAACAAUUACUGGCACCCAGUUCUGAUACCACAGUACCUACAUUCUCUCAUUCAAACUACUUGUCCUUGCCUCUCAUGAGUGUGCUCAACAUAGCUAGAGAGUAUGGAUUACAAUCAUCUACAACCUCCUCUGACGAGAUUGACUUUUGUGCUGUAUGUCUGGAGAGACCUUGUUCCGUGGCUGCUGAAGGAUGUGGGCAUGAGCUUUGUGUAAGAUGUGCGCUUUAUCUUUGUUCAACAAACAAUGUUUCUUCUGAAAUGGUUGGCCCUCCGGGCUCUAUCCCCUGCCCUCUUUGUAGACAUGCAGUUGUCUCUUUUGUCAAGUUACCAGGUUCCCAAGCAAAAGAAAAUAAGUUACACGUGUCUUUGGGCCUGUGUACCCCUUGCAUGCUACAUCCACGUGACCUAGAUCAGCCAUCCAUCUCUCAGACACCUGAGAUUGGAAGAAAUCGUGUAGCUUCUGUUCCAUCAGAAAUACUCUGCCCCGUCACUUGUAGUCCAUUCCCAUCUAUGGCAAUUCCCCUAUGUACCUGCAAUGAUGGUCCAUGUCCAUCAUUUGAACCCCGAGAAGUAGAAACACGAGAUGAAUCACCUCAUCACUCUCAAGCAUCAACAGUGGAUCAGGAUAAAAUUGAAGGGCCAAGAUUGGAUAAAACAACUUGCUCUAGCAUGUUUUGGGGUAGAAGAAGUUGCAGCAGGGAGCACCAAUGCAAUUCAGAGAUAAAUGCUUGACUCGUAUGGUGUUUGUAUGACCCACUCUUGUGUUGUGGAUAGAUGGUAUGGUACACUUAGAUCAACACAGCAAUCCACAGUUGCCUCAGUAACCAACCUCCAAAGGUGGAACUCGGGAUAUCUCUAGGAGAAAAAAACUGCUCUGCAGAUCUGCUUGGCUGCAUAGGCUCUAUGCUAUAGGUGAUAGAUACAGUUCUGGUAUUUCAGCAACACAGCCACCCUCUGGAUAUGUUCUUUUCUGAUAUUUAGAGAGUAUGUGUAAUUACUUUCGGUUUCGUAAGAUUGUUAUUGUGAUUUAUUGUAAUUGGAUUUCAUCUUACCGAAAAAGAAAUAGUUUCUAUUAAGGGGGAAAGGAAUACCGUACGCUUUUUAUAGCAUGUAUCACGUUUGGAGCAUCUGUAUAUUAUGUUUGAGACGAAUUUCAUAGGUUUACAGACACCGAAGUUGGGGACUGAAACCUGCUGAUACAGUUAUGAAAACCUGUUUCUGUGGAGUUGAUAUGGAGCUGCUGAAAUAGUGAUUAAAGCAUGCCAUAUUGGCUUCUGUAAAGGGCAUUUUAAUAGAGUGGUGCAAGUUUUUUAUGGGAUCGUCUUAUUUGAGUCAAACUAUAACUAUUAACAGUAUUGUCUACU